AUGGCCACAUUAUCGCGCGCAACUCGAAUUCGGAACCCCGCACUAUUUAUAUGUGACAUCCAAGAGAAAUUCCGCACGAAGAUCUACGAGUUCUCCAAAUUAGUCUCAACAACCAACAAACUAGUCCGCGCAGCGAAUACCCUCAACUUCCCAAUCUAUAUAACUACUCAAUCGCGCACUAAACUUGGAGAAACCGUCAGCGAGCUAUCCACCCACCUCCAAGGCCCCAAUGUCAAAGCCGAUGUCGAUAAAACGCGCUUCUCGAUGAUAACCCCCGAAUUAAGCGCCAAGUUACCUGUUGAGCCGACUGAGAUGGAUGCUAUCAUUGUGGGUAUUGAGACGCAUAUUUGUGUUACGCAGACGACGCUUGAUCUGCUGGCGCGCGGAUAUAGGGUUUAUGUGGUUGUUGAUGGGGUUAGUAGUGUUAAUCCUGGGGAGAGGAAGAUUGCACUUGAGAGGUUGAGGGAUGCGGGAGCUAUUGUGACUAGUAGUGAGAGUUUGCUUUUUGAGAUUCUGGGAGAUGCGAAUCAUGAGGCUUUUCGGGCUGUUAGUGGGUUGGUUAAGGAGACGAUGGAGGAGACAAAGGGGGCUUUGGAGGUUUUUGCAAAAAUUUAG